CACCUCCCCCAGCUUCGGAUACACCGCUGCCUCAGAUAUGUGUUCCCGGUACAGACGGAACACCCUAUUCAUGCGACUUGGAUACACCAUCAGAGCGCAGUGGGAGCAGGAAUGUUAGUGUUAGUGGUCGGCCAAAGCGUCGACGUGAAAUGGACGACGAUUUGAAGGAUCUAAGGUCUGAAAUGAAGGCAUUUUUCUCUUCCCUAUCCGGGGUUGUUGAACAACAUUUCAACGAUAUUAAGUUGCAAAACAGUGAAAUGAGAGUAAGCUUGCAAUUUCUUUCUGACAAAUAUGAUGACAUGGCUAAAUUAUUUCAAGGAUUGGAAGAGGAAAGGAAGAAAGACAACAAAUAUAUAUCACAACUAGAGGAAAUUCUUGAAGUACUAGAGCGGAAAUCAAAAUCAUCCGGUCUUGAGAUUCGUAAUGUUCCUUCUUUGACCUCAGAUCAUAAAAAACCAGAAACGAAAGAAGAAAUUACUACUAUAGUGAAAAGUAUGGCUAUGGCUCUGGAAGUGGAGUUACAAGACUAUGAUGUAAAGGACGUAUAUAGGGUAAAUUCAAAGAAAGGUGAAAACAAACCUAUCAUCGUUGAAUUAAAUAGCGCAAUAAAAAAAGAGAAAAUAAUACAAGCCAUAAAAGAGCUGAGUAGGACGAAGGGAGUUAAAUUGAAUACGGAACAUUUUAAAAUACCAGGACCUGUUAACCUUGUGUAUGUGACGGAGACGCUUACGAUAAAGACCCAAAAAAUAUACUAUAUGGCUCGUGAAUUCGCUCGACAAAAUGGAUAUUCUUACUGUUGCACGUCAAAGGGGCAAGUGUAUCUUCGGAAGGCUGAUGCCUCUAUCCCGCAUCGAGUCAGAGGAGGACUUCGCGAAGCUUAAAUCACAGAUCUGACUAUGUUACCGUAUAAAUCUUAAUUUUAUUAAAGUUUUUACUAUUUCAAAAGAAUUGUUUGCAAACUACUGCAUGUUUUAUGAAAAAUAUUAUUGUUCUUACACAUCUCUUAUCACACUCUAUCACACACAUAUUUACAACAUAUUACUUACUCAUACUCACACUGAUUUACUGAUAUCUUCUCUCACAUAUCUAACAGAAGUAAAGAAAGUAAUAUUUCGUUUACGUAACCGAUGGUCUAGUUCUUACAAUGUAUCACCCUUUGUAUUACAUAAUGCUGUUUCUUGUCUACACAAACUGCCACCUACUUUUACUUAAUAGUACAAUAUUAACGAGAUAUUAUAA